CAAUUCUUAAAACUUCACUGAUAUGAUCUAGGAGGUCAUUCUGUGAGAGGAAUCCUGAAACCUGUUUGACUUCGAUAGCUCUGGUCCUCAUGUCUGUCCAGGAAACUUUACAGUUCAAACGAUUCACAGAAGAUGUUCAUCAAGCAGACCAUGUGUCAACUACAAAGAGGAUUGUCCUGCUGGGAAAAUCUGGAUCUGGGAAAAGCAACCUAGCUAACACCAUAUUUGGUCAAGCAGAAACCAAAUCUGUCAAUGGAAGAAGACUCACUGUGAUCGACACUCCUGGUUUCUUUGACACAGAAAGGUCUGAGGACAACAUGAAGCCUGAGAUAGUGAGCUGUAUCACAGAGUGCGCUCCUGGGCCUCAUGCUUUUCUCACUGUGCUGAAAGUGGACAGAUUCACAGAGCAGGAGCAGGCUGUCAUCAACAAAAUAUGUCAAUAUUUUUCUGAAGAUGCUCUAAAAUAUGCUGUCACUGUCUUCACUCAUGGUGACCAGCUUCCUGAAGGGAUGGGAAUUGAAGAGUUUGUCAAUCAGAACAAGAAUCUGAGUGAUCUGGUGAAGAAGUGUGGAGGCCGGUGCCACGUCAUUGAUAAUAAAUACUGGAAGAACAAACAGCAGAACAACUACAGGAGUAACCAGUUCCAGGUGGAGGACCUACUCAACACAAUAGACAAGAUGGUGAUGGAAAACAAUGGGGGCUGCUACACCAAUAUGAUGUUUGAAACAGUAGAGAAAGAAAUACAGAGAGAGGAAGAGAACAUUAGACAGUCAUCAGGAAACCUGCCAGUGGAAGAGAUCAGAAAACAGGCUAAAACCAGAGUGUAUCAGAGAGUAAUGAUCCAACGAAGCAGUGUUUGGAGCUUUUUUUGGUGUGGCAGCCAUGGUCGGGUUAGUUAUCACAGCUAUAAAUAGCUAUAAAGGAUUAAUGACACUUGUGAAAAGAAUUCCAGCAGUGGGAGGAGCAGCCGUAGUAGCAGGAGGAGUAGAAGCAGCAGGACUGACAGCUGCCGGAGUGGUGGUAGGUGUGUCAACAGCAGGCUUGGCUGCAACAGGAGGAGUAAUGGGUGGUAUGAUUGGACACAAUGCAGCUGAGGGAGCAAAAACACCAUUGGAGGCAGCACAGUUGGCAGCUAAGGCUGUCAUGGACAAAG